AUGCCGAACAAGGUCGUCACGACACCAUACCCGCUCAUCGACGCUGACCCACACGCUUUCCGUGUUGUGCGUUAUUUCCGUUCGUCAGACUAUGCAACCUGGGCUGCAGGAACAGCCGCAUUCCCGGCUGCUUUGUAUUUCUGGGAUAUGGCUGACCCUGCAAAAGUUCGUCUGCGGACCAGCUUCCGGCUCGGAGGCUUCCUUGGUUUCGUUGGCGGUUUCUUGCUGGCAUACCAACGCUCAAGUUUCCGAUUCUGGGGCUGGUCAGAGAACAAACGAGAGGAGGACUUGGAUCUAGCCGAGCUGUCCCAAAGGGCAGCUGAGGGUAAGCCUUUGUAUGGUACAUCCAGCCAGCCAGAGUGGGUACAGGGCACUGCAUAUCGGAACUCUGCAUGGUCUCAGUUGAAAUUCCACGCAUUCCCCAUGUUCAACUUCGUCAACCAUCAACAUCAUGGCACCGACGCUGCAAAAUAUGGUGUGAAGGAAAAGGAACUAUCAGAUUAG